AUUUUGUAAAUAUUUUAAGUCCGGCAAAUUUCACCUUUGGCAGAAAAUAUAGCACAAAAGAAGAGUAAAUAUACUUUCAUUCAUUACUAGUGUACGCAAGGAACGGAAAAUGGCGGAAGCAAUUCGGAUUCAGGGAUCCAACGAAACGGGCUUGAAAAAACCCAUAUCUAAGGUCCAACGUCGAGGGCUAAUCGGUGAAAUCCUGAAUUUCGUCGCCAAAUUCGCGUUCGACUCCACCUUCGACUCUUUUCCCAAAUUAUCAAAUGGUAUAAAGCAUAUCAAUAAGGUUGAGCAAGAAGAGUUAAAGGAAGAUCCAUUUCCGUUGCUUCCUUUUAGUGAAAAGAACAAGGCACGAGAUUUCAAGUUAAUGAUGGAGAAAAAAAGGCAAGAUGACAUGAACAAUAUAGAGAAACAACAUAAUAUAUCAGCUGCAAACAAUGUGAGGGAAUCAGAAGCUUUGAAGAAAUCAAGUUAUGAAAACAUGCUAGCAAAGAUGGAGAAGAUUCAAGGAGGCGUGAACGACUUAAAGCAACAAGACAAGGUAUCAACAAAACCCGUUGAGGAAUUAGAAUCUUCCAAGAAAAAACCAGAGGAAGACAUGAAAGCAUAUGAUCUUCAAGAGAAUAAGAAGAUGGUUUUUAUUCGUUCCAGGUUAUAAAAUGGGAAGUAUAUUAAGCAGACUUUGCUUUCAUAACCACAAAGACGUGAGGUUAUGCUAGCUAGUGUUAGGAAAUAUAUGAAUAUUUUAUAGGCUUGGUACAGUUAUUGCUACAGUUAUUACAAAUAUUUAUGUAUAAAUAAAUAUGGUCCUUUCCUAUAGUCGUGAUAAAAAAACUUAAUAUAUGUAAUGAUAAUGUUUCUAAUUAUUGGUUCUUUAUCUUA